AAUGGAUAAUAUUUAUCUCAUUGGAAAUGCUGGUGCUGAAGCCAUAAGAAGAGAACUUUCGGAGCGCGAUCCGAUAUUCGUAAUAAAUGAUUUCCAAGCACGCCUAAAUCUUCACUAUAAAAGUUUUGAUAUAAAUACAAUAUAUCCCUUGCUUGAGAUAUCAGGGAACAGUAGAUUCGAAAUUCAUAAUGGAAUUUUGUACGGAUUACAAAGAGAGAUAAUAAAAAGGAUUGAUUCUGAGAAUUGGAGCAAAGAAAAGCGAAAUAACUUUCUAAAAAAGAAUUUGCCUCUUCGUCACAUUCCGUCAAUUUAUGGGCUCAUAAUUGCUUUGCUUCAGAGAUAUCCAGAGCUUCAAACGGAAUCAUUCUAUCAAGAAAUAGGUCAUGAUAAAAAUUUUAUAGAUCAUUCGCCUUUAGAUAUAAGGCGCGGCUUUUACAGAAGGUAUCCGAAUAUGAUUAUUGACCUUAUCGCUCAUCUUGCGUCAAAUUAUCAAAAUGAUUCAAUAUUGCGUGGUUGGUCGCGCGAAAUGAGAGGUGUGAAUAUUAACGAGUACUUGGAUGCCAGAGUCAAUCAAGAGCAUGUUCAAGAAGCUGUGAAGAUAAUAGGCGACGAUCCUAUUCUCUUCAAGUCAGUUCAGCCCAUCUUUCGUGAAUUGUUUGUGCAAUUUGGUUGGGCAAGUAUAUGCUCUUUCCGAACAGACUUCUUUAUGGCUAUGCAGAAUGCGGGAAAGAUUAUGAUGUGCAAAACUGACAACUCAUAUGAACUAAUAUGGUUUGUCACAGAGAGUUUACGUAAAGGAUUUACUCCGGAGAGAGUAAUCAAUAUUAAUAAUUAUAUACAUAAAUUUAAAGGUUCUUCUGAUUUCGGGGAGAUGGCUAUGAUAUUUCAAGAUCCGAUUGUGUCCAAUGUACUUGCUGCACGAAUAGUGCAGGCCUUGAGAAAAACUGUGCAAGAAAAAAACAUGAUUGAAUCAAAGCUUGAUCGAAGUAUUAUUUGGUGUUCACAUUUGCUUAAUCUUGGAAGUCAUGCUCGGCAAAUGUUGUCAACUAAAUCAUAUAAUAUGCCUGAGAUGGACGACGAAAUUUUCAAUGAAUUUUAUUUUAAGAUUUUAUCAUUGAUGGUGGAUGAUAAGCCUAGAACAUCUCCUGCUGUGGCUGCACAAAGACGACGUCAAAAUAGCGUUAGCGGUAGCGGCAUCGAAUCUCUUGAUCCGUCAGACAGAUAUAAUCCACCUUCUACGAAUGAAAGUCGUUUAUCUUUCUUUUCUGACAAAGAAAUAGAAAAAUUAAAAACCAAUGAUUUGGCGAGAAAGGUAUUUGCACAUUACUUAAUAGACACGGUUCGCCGAAUGGAAUUCGUAUCAGUUCGUCGCGCCGUAUCUUAUAUGACCAGGACAAUUCCGCAAAAUGAUCAAGACAUCAUGUACUCUGAGGUGUACGAAUCUCUCUGGCAAUCACUUAUCACAAAUCUCAUAAAGUAUCAUCGAAUAAAAUUAAUCGUGAAUCCAGUUUGGUCGAAGUUUAUGGACGAAGAGUUGAUUCCCAUUACCUCUUGGAAACAAACUGUGCAUGAGAUGAUGGCGAAACUAUUAGUUGAAUUGUACGCUGAAGAGAUCAUCACAAGUUUGAAUGAAAGGAAAUGCCCGGAGAGAAUCAAAAUUGUCAGAGUUUGGGCUGAAAAGACCAUUAAGAUUGGUGCUAAAGACAUGGAUCCCACUAAUCUGAUGAAGAUGUAUCUGGAGUUAAGAAUUAAAUCAAAAAAUCCAUAUGACGGGAGAUUUCAAAUUAAUACCGAAGAAUGUCCCACUAUUAGUAAAUUCAUUGAAUGA